AUGUCACAGCGUGCAGUCCUGUAUCUCCUUUGUACUCUGGGACUCUUACAGGAAGGUGUAUCUUCUCCUGUGUGUGUUGUGUCUCCUGCAGGUCUAGCAGCUCUGAUAGAAACUCAGCAGACUGUGCUGGCAGCAGUGGGAGAAGAGGCUCAGUUAAACUGUCAGCUGAUGAAAGAGAAAGAUGUUCUGCAAGUCACAUGGCAGAAACUUUUACCUGACAAGGAGCAGAAUCUUGCUUCUAACAACAAAUACUUUGGUCAGAAAGUAAAUCCUGAUUUUAGAGAUAAAAUGGAGUUUAAAUAUGUUGGACUGCUGAGCUGCUCCAUAGUUAUCAGGAAUGUAACAGAGGAGGAUGAAGGAUGCUAUCACUGUUUGUUCAACACCUACCCUGAAGGAGCUCUCACUGCUACAACCUGCCUCACACUCUAUGAGCUGCAUGGCCCCGUCCUCCAUGUGAGAGCCUCAGACUCUCCUGAAGAGACAGUUGUGUCCUGCUGGGCCACAGGUGGACCUGCUCCCACAGUAACACUGACUGUCCCUCACUACAACUCUAGCAGAGUCACCAACAGCAACGGGACAGUCACUGUCACCACCACAGCUCUGCUGUCUGCUCUCCACCAUGAGAGCAGACAGGUUGGAUGUGUGGUGCGAGUGCUCUCCGCUCCUCAGAUGGAGGCGUUUGUCCUGAUUCCUGCAGGCAAACAGUCGUCUGAUGAUUUCACUUUGAUCACUUCAUUAUCUGUGACAGUGGGCUGUGUUUGUGUUGCUGCUGCAAUCAUCAUUUUCCUGUGUAUAGGAAAACGUCAGAACCGGUAAUUUUAACCUUUUAACUCAACACCUGUCUCACACAUGGACUGUAUAUAAAGAUAGAAGACAUGACCAAACCUCUCCAUCGCCCCCUGGUGGCUGGCUGCAGUAUAGGUCAUAAGUCCCGCCCCUCCAUGUUAGUGGAUGGGACAUGAGCCAAACUAUAAACUCAAA